AUGCCUUCUUUGGAGCUCAUCGACCAUUCGCCCCGCCAUCCCGACCCUUCGAAACCGAUAGCCACCGCUUCGAAUGUCAUCCUCAUCGACAACUACGAUUCCUUCACCUGGAACGUAUACCAGUACCUCGUCUUUGAGGGCGCAACUGUGACUGUAUAUCGCAAUGACGAAAUCGCCCUCGACGAACUGAUUGCGAAGAACCCCACACAAUUGGUGGUUAGUCCUGGUCCGGGACACCCAGAAAAGGAUGCUGGCAUCAGCAAUGCGGCAAUCAAGCACUUUAGCGGGAAGAUCCCGAUUCUUGGUGUUUGCAUGGGAGAACAAUGCAUCUUCUACGUCAACGGCGGCACCGUAGACGUCACUGGCCAGAUUCUACACGGCAAGACCUCGCCCCUCAAGCACGACGGUAAGGGAGUUUUUGCCGGUGUCCACCAGAAUGUUCCCGUUACGAGGUACCAUUCACUCGCCGGUACCCACGGUAGUCUUCCGGACUGUUUGGAAGUGACUGCCACCAUUCCGGCCAAUGAGAAUGACAACGCGAAAGAGGUCAUCAUGGGUGUACGCCACAAGGAGUAUGUCAUCGAGGGUGUGCAAUUUCAUCCCGAGAGCAUCUUGACUGAAGACGGGCGGAUCAUGAUGGGCAACUUUCUACGCAUGCAAGGGGGCACCUGGGCAGAGAACGAGCGAUUACAAAAGGAGGCCCACACAAAAGCUGCUGGAGCUGCGACCAAUGCUGUCAAGAAAGACAAGCAGACAUCAAUCCUCGAGAAGAUUUACGAUCACCGCCGAGCGGCUGUCGCCGAGCAGAAAAAGAUUCCCUCGCAACGGCCCAGUGAUCUACAGGCAUCCUAUGACCUAAAUCUAGCGCCUCCACAGAUCAACUUCCCGGAGCGUCUAAGGCAGUCGCCUUUUAGGCUCUCCCUCAUGGCUGAGAUCAAGCGUGCAUCGCCUUCUAAAGGCAUAAUUUCCAUGUCCACAUGUGCACCCGCGCAAGCACGGAAGUACGCAAAAGCCGGCGCAAGUACCAUCUCAGUGUUGACAGAGCCUGAAUGGUUCAAGGGAAGCAUCGAUGACCUUAGGGCUGUCCGUCAAAGCCUCGAAGGAAUGUCAAAUCGGCCUGCAGUCCUUCGGAAAGAGUUCAUCUUCGAUGAGUACCAGAUUCUAGAAGCUAGACUUGCAGGAGCUGAUACCGUACUAUUGAUCGUCAAGAUGCUAGACGAAGCCUUGUUGAAGAGGCUCUAUGAGUACUCGCGUUCGCUUGGCAUGGAACCUUUGGUAGAGGUCCAAAACGUCGAAGAAACGGAAACUGCGGUGAAGCUAGGAGCACAGGUGAUUGGCGUCAACAACAGAAACCUCACCAACUUCGAGGUCGAUCUGGAGACGACCAAUCGCUUGGUCAGCUUGGUACCGAAAGAGACCAUUCUUUGUGCCUUGAGCGGUAUUGCUGGGCACAAAGACGUCGAGCCAUACAUCCAGAGUGGCGUUGGUGCGGUCUUGGUUGGCGAGGCGCUGAUGCGGGCCUCCGAUACUGCAGAAUUCAUUGCGGGGCUUCUAGGUGGCACCUCCACCCAAGCAGCUCGAGGUUCUUCAAGUCCAAUGGUCAAGAUCUGUGGAACACGCAGUGUCGAAGCUGCAAAGGCUGCAAUUGAAGCCGGCGCAGAUCUCAUUGGCAUGAUUCUGGCCGUUGGAACCAAACGAACAGUAUCAGCAGAAACAGCACUGGCGAUCUCAGAAGCUGUGCACAAGACGAAGAAACCGAACAUCUCAAAAUCAGGGUUACUUGCGACAUCAAAGUCUGCCUCCGACUUCUUUGAACACGGCUCCUCACGGCUUGUAUCAAGUGAAGAUCGAGCACUCCUCGUGGGUGUCUUCCGGAACCAGUCACUAGAAUAUGUGCUGGAGCAGCAGCGGUUGCUCAAGCUUGAUAUUGUGCAGUUCCACGGCCAAGAACCUCUUGAGUGGGCCAAACUAGUCCCCGUCCCAGUGCUCAGGGCCUUCAACCCGCAUGAUCAUGGUAUUGGGUUAAGGGGCUAUCAUGCACUACCACUUCUAGAUGCCGGCUCAGGAGGUUCAGGCCAGCAACUUGACCUGACAGACGUCAAGGGUAUUUUUGCGAAGGAUGAUGGCGUCAAGGUCAUACUGGCCGGAGGUCUCAAUCCCGAGAACGUGCAAAAGGUUUUAUCUGGCUUAGACGAGUAUCGAGACCGCGUCAAGGCCGUAGAUGUCAGCAGCGGUGUGGAGGAGGAUGGCCAACAGAGCUUAGAUAAGAUCCGUGCCUUUGUGAGAGCCGCAAAGAGUCAGGAGUAG